AUGACAAUGCAAGAGCGGCUUGAGGCUAUCGAGCAACGCUACGACAAAAUCGACAGUCUAAUGGCGGACCCCGAAGUGUCUGCUGACUACACCCGUAUACAGACGCUCGCCAAGGAGCAGUCGUCCAUUCGCACCAUCGUUGAACUGUCGCGCGAGUACCGCGAAGCGCAGACACAGCUUGUUGAGGUGCACGCCCUCAUCCGCGAAGAGUCCGACUCCGAAAUGAUUGCACUGGCUAGAGAAGAGGAGUUGGAAUUGCAGGCGGACAUCGAGCGCGUCGAAUCUGACCUGCGCAUCGAGCUUAUCCCCAAAGACCCCAACGACGAGAAGAAUGUCAUCCUUGAAAUACGCGCCGGUACAGGAGGCGACGAAGCAGGUCUCUUCGCGUCCGACCUUUACCGGAUGUACACUCGCUACGCACAACGUAACGGCUGGAAGACCGAGGUCAUCGACGUCAACCAGACAGGGUUGGGCGCCAUCAAGGAGAUUGUGUUCGAGCUGCGCGGUCGCGGCGCUUACAGCCGUCUGAAGCACGAGAGCGGCGGCCACCGUGUACAGCGCGUACCCGUAACAGAAUCCAGCGGACGCAUUCACACGUCCGCCGCAACUGUCGCAGUGUUGCCGGAAGCGGAGGAAGUGGACGUCGACAUUAAGCCUGAAGAAUUGGACAUCGAUAUAUUCCGCGCCGGCGGCCAUGGCGGACAGAAUGUGCAGAAGGUCGAGACGGCAGUACGAAUCACGCAUGUUCCGACCGGCAUCGUCGCGACUUGUCAGGACGAGCGCUCGCAGCUCAAGAACCGCGAAAAGGCGAUGGCGGUGCUGCGCUCAAGACUCCUUGCGCGCGAGAUUGAACGCCAGCAUCAGAAAAUAUCCGAGGUGCGCCGCAAUCAGGUCGGAAGCGGCGACCGCUCCCAGCGCGUCCGCACUUACAAUUUCCCGCAGGGGCGCGUGACCGACCACCGCGUAAACCUAUCCAGCUACAGUCUAGAGAGCGUUCUUGACGGGGACAUCGACGAGUUCAUUAACGCUCUCAUUCAGCAAGAGCAGGCGGACGCACUCGCAUUCGGCGGUUGA